CUUAAAAAAAAUAUGUUUUUAAUACAAUAAAAAGAUACGUAUAUGAUGCAAAUACAAAAAGGCGAAAUUCGAGAACAAAGCCAAAAAAAAAGCUACACGAUCACCCCUCGCUAGUCAUCGUCGUCCCCCGCCUCCGCUCCUCUCUCCUCGACCCCACCUCCAUUUUCACAGAGAGAGAGAGAGAGAGAGAGAGAGGGAGAGAGAGAUGGAUUUCAUAUCAGCGAGAGAGAUGAAGACCACUAGCAGCGAAAGCAAGGGAAUGGGUUUGCUUCUGGUUUUCUUCCCCCACCACAACUCCAGAAACACCUCCAUUGCCGUCCAUAAUCCUUCUUCUUCUUCUUCUUCUUCUUCUCCGGCGACUAUCCGGCGAUGCAGAUCUUCCGGUCUUCUUCUAUCCAAAGCCCGAUCCAUCAUUUCCAUCUGCGCACUCCUCUUCCUCACUCUAUUCCUCUUCACUCUCUCAACCUUCGAACCCUCCACCGCUUAUCCCGCCGUCGCUUCCCAGACCCAUCGCCGGUUACUCCUCAGACGCGACGUCGGUGACAAAAUUUGCCAUACCAAUGUGUCCCGAUUCGCUCUCCAGGGGAUGGGUACUCUGUAUUUGAGAGGAACCAGGGCUAUGCAUGAUUUGAUCAUCGCCCAUGUCGGUUCUGAAUCGACUGAGGAUGAUGUCCGGUUGUUUUUGCGGCUAAUGCACCGGUCAGGAGUCACUUCCCGAUGCGACGUCGUAUUCUUCUUCACUUCUGCUUCGUCGGCUUCGAGUUUCGGUGGUGUGAUCGAGGAAGAGAACGACUCGUUCUUAAGACUCGUCGGUGUUCGCCGAAACUCGAAUUCGACUAACCCGGUCGACUCGGUGUGGGGAUUUGAUGUGACCCGGUUUGUGAAGAACCACAAGAAGAAAGAGACGGCGGAGCCAAUCUGGGGGAAGAAGAGUGGAGUUCACCGAGUUGGAAACGAGCCGGCUUUGAACAAGAGCGAUACUAUCGUACUGAGCCACGGCUCGGUCGUGGGUUUCGACGUUGGCGAGUUGGACCCGGAAAACACGCUCUCCGGGUUCAUGGAUCAUGUGCCGAUGAGCUUGAGGAGAUGGGCUUGUUACCCGAUGCUUCUGGGUCGCAUCAGGCACAAUUUCAAGCACGUGAUGCUUGUCAACGCCGAGACCUCCUUGUUUCUCGGUGACCCAUUAACCCGGGUCCGGAACCGGAGUCCCGACUCAGUCUUCGUAUUCUCCAAACAGAGCAUGAAAAACUCGGACAGAACUCAGCCCAACUCGGUCGUUAACCCUGCGAUUCUGAUGGGCGGAGCCAAAGGAAUCAGAGAACUAUCGAAUGCGAUGCUGACGGGAAUCGUGAGGGCAGCGAUGCAGCACAAGAAGAAGAACUCGGUGUCCGAGACGGUCGUGCUGAGUCAACUCGUUGAGAACGUACACAUGACGAAGAGUUUUCGGGUGGUGACGACGAACGAGUCGGUCCCGGAAGCGAGUUCACUAGCCGAGUUGAGGACGAGAAACUCGGCGGCUUCAUCGGUGAAGGGACACGACAUAAUCCAACGAAGCAAUGACAAUCAUGCUGAUGUCAGUACGGUAAUUAGGAGACAUAUUUGUUCAUCCGAAUUAGAUUCUUCUGUUUAUAUGGACUGUUAGCAUAACUACACCA